AUGGGGCGGUUGGCAAGGAUUGCUUUCCAUGCUGGGCGAUCGAGCGCGAAUUCCACACCAUUCUUGCUUGGCAAACCGUACCCUCGUGGGGGCGCGUGGCGAUGUUUCUCGUCCACACCGCCCGAACAUUGUGAGAUUGUGCAGGGUCCUUCUCUGUUGCGGACUUCAACUACCAGGCCAUCACCAUCCUUACUGCACAUUCCUGGACUGCGGUCGCUACCGUUUUGGACGCAAUACGACAAAGACCAGGACUUCAAUCGGGUGGCUUACCAAGAUCCAACCGUCUCCGAGGCCGUGCAGUAUCUCGAACAGCACUGGGAGACCAUACGACGCGAAUACGCCGAGAAGGCUCCGAAACUAGCAUCGGACUACCAAACGGAUACCGAACACACAUUGCACAAAGGAACUUGGGACUGGCAUUCGUACAUGCUCAAGGGAAAAGUCCAACCGAAUUUUGAAAAGCAUUUUCCCCGAACCGCAACUAUAUUGCAAGUCUUUCGGGACGAAGGGCUACUAUUUGAAGGAACACCGUUUGGGUACGCCUUUUUUUCCACGCUGCACGCCCAGAGCAAAAUUGCGGCACAUUCGGCUCCCAUGAAUUUCCGCGUCCGCAUCCAUUUGCCCUUGAUCGUACCCGCAAAUAUGCCAAGCGCAGCUCCGGUCAGCGAACAAGACGGUCGCCCCUCGGUUGGUAUCCGCGUAGGUCCUGUGGUGCGGCAGUGGCACCCGGGUAAGGCAUUGGUCUUGGACGAUGCCUACAAUCACGAAGUUUGGAAUCACACACACGAAUCAAGGGUUUUGCUUUUGAUAGACCUCUGGCAUCCCGACAUAACAACUCAAGAAAAGCAGGACAUCAUUGGUCUCUUCAAACACGCUGAGGAACAAGGCUGGUUAUCUGGCGAAUAA